GAAGUAACAUAGAGUUGAGUUGAGUAAGCGAAGUGCAUUCGGAAAAGUUUACUUUGUCUGCUUCGUGCGUCAAGUAGAAAGAAAAAGUCGUUUGCAAUUGUUUAGAAGUGCCGUAUGUCUAGUUCUUAAAUAUGAGUAUAUGUUAACUGUGUAUUAUUCUGUGCUCGUACUGAAGGAUUUUUAAAAGAGAGUGAAGCACCAUCUAGCAAAUCGAAAAGUAGAAUGGCAAACUAUUCGGAGGUUGUAAAAACAGCAAGAAAUUCCUUUAAUAAACAACUGACGAUACCUCUCGAUUUUCGGGUAAGCCAACUGAAAGCGUUUUAUAGAUUAUUAGAAGAACACGGCGACGAAUUAGUGGAUGCUAUUCGAAAAGAUUUGAGAAAGCCUCUAACCGAAGCGUUAUUAGCUGAAGUAGAAACUACAAAAAAUCAAAUUAAAGGCGUCCUCUACAAAAUACAUAAAUGGGCUCAACCAGAACCUACGGAAACCAAUAUUAUUCUGAUCUUAGACAAAACAUACAUUUUCCCCCAACCUUAUGGAGUAGUGCUCAUCAUUGGAGCUUGGAAUUACCCUUUUCUAUUAGUGUCAAUACCUCUUUUGGGCGCUAUUGCAGCAGGCAACUGUGCUAUCAUCAAACCUUCAGAAAAAGCACCCGCCACAGCCAAAGCUCUUUCUAAUCUCAUACCACAGUACCUCCACAAGGAUUGUUUCCAAGUUGUAACCGGGGGUGUACCAGAAACAACUGCACUGCUGAAUGAAAGAUUCGAUUACAUUUUCUAUACUGGUUCUCCAGCUAUUGGGCAGAAGAUUAGAGAAGCUUCUAAUAAAUAUCUAACCCCUGUUACGUUAGAACUUGGGGGAAAAUGCCCUGUAUACGUACAUGAUGAUGUGGACAUGGAGCUUGCAGUCAAAAGGAUCAUGUGGGGCAAAGUCCUCAAUUUAGGGCAAACAUGUGUUGCACCAGAUUAUGUUCUUUGCUCAAAGAAAACAGAAAAGAAAUUUAUACAGAUCGCGAAAAGGGUACUAUUAGAAUUUUUCGGUGAAGAUCCUGAAACCUCUCCUGAUUUGGCGCGAAUAGUCAAUGCUGAGCAUUUUGAGAGAGUGAUUAAGUUCCUGAGUUGUGGUAAAAUUGCUGUUGGUGGAGACUAUGAUCCUAAAGAAAAAUAUAUAGCUCCUACAAUUCUGACGGACGUUAAGGAGGAUGACUGUGUCAUGCAAGAGGAAAUAUUUGGACCCAUUUUACCAAUCAUCACUGUCAAUAGUCCAGAAGAAGCAAUAAAUUUCAUCAAUAAAAGGGAGAAGCCCUUGACUUUAUAUCUUUUCGCUUCAAGUAAGAAGGUAUUAGAUAUGUUUCUCAGUUCAACGUCUAGCGGAAGUAUGUGUGUUAACGACACCAUGGUUCAUCUCUCAGUCGAUGCUCUACCUUUCGGUGGAGUAGGCAUGAGCGGAAUGGGAACAUACCAAGGAAAAUAUUCUUUCGAUACCUUUUCCCACAAAAGGUCCGUCCUUGAACGGUCGCUCAGCAGCUUCGGCGAAUACAUGGGAAAAGCUCGUUAUCCUCCAUAUAAUAACAACAAAGUAAAAAUUUUGAAGAUGUUCCUGUCAAAGAGGCCAAAUUUUAUGCCAUCUUUUCUGCCCCAACUCUUAAUCUUUCUUCUAGGAAUGAUUACUGCUUUCAUAAUCAAAGAAAUAUUUAUGAUAGCUCCCAACGGAUCCCACCCAAAACCCAUGUGAUGUACCUGAAAGAAUAAUUCCUAUUGGAGGACCAAUUGAGUGACUGUCAACUUUAUUUGAUGGUUGUACCUCCUUUGCUCAUUUGCUCAUCCCCGGCAGACGACACUUGAGAAGAAAGUUGCCGUCAUAUAAAGAAAGAACAUGUAUAAAAAGUCAAACAUUAUAUUCAAUAAUAUUUGCCCGUAGAAUUACGAAAUAAUGUACAGUGGCUCAUCAUUUCAAACUCACGCUUAUGAUACGAUCCAAUAUAAUGCCUUUACAUGUAUGUAUUUGAGCUCUAAAUGUUCGGCCUUUAUUCCACAAAGAAUGCCGUACUGUUUUCAAUCCAGCUAUUUAAUGAAGUAAGUAAUAAUGUUAAAUAACUUAAAUUAAUUCUUAAUUAUGAGUUAGUUUUUAUAAAAUAUCAUUCAUUAAGUACACAGAAUCUCUUUUCUUUUGUGCUACAUAUAGGUUAUUAUGUAAUGUUUAUACUUGAGUAAAACUUCUAAAAAUGUAAUGCAUAUCCAGAAACUUAAGCAUAAUUUUAAUUUUUUUCAACUGUCCACAUAAAAAUUAUUAGCUGAUUUUGCAUGAGUUACUUUCAAAAAUGCAUUUCUUUGCAAAAAAAAUGUAAGUGAUUGAUAUUCAUCAAAAUGAGUAAUAAUUUAUUCUAAAUAUUCUGCAAGGAAAAUGUUUGGAAAGUUCUAUGAUGAAGAAAUUAAACUGAACUCAAAUAAUAGGAAUUUUUAAAUGCAGUCGGUAUAUUAUUAUUAUUACCUAACCAAGAAUAAAAUUUUCAGUCGUGGAUACGAAUUCUUAUAUUAAUUUUUCUAUCUCUAUAAAUUAAUUUAUUCUGUAUAAAUUCGUAUACUUUUUUGCUCAAGUGCUUCCCUUUCAAAUGUGCACUUUACUGUUGUUCUUUGCUUUGUUAUACACCAUUUGUUUCUUCUAUGCUAAAAUUUAAAUGAACUAUUUUCUGCCUUAGAUCUUAUUUUAUACACGACUUAUGUAAAUAUAUGUGUAUUCUAUCAGUGUUAUAUUACAGUAUUAUUACUUGUUAUUUUGUUCCUUUCUCUAUAUAAAUUAUUAUAUUUUCAAAUAAACGAUGAACAACAUUUUAUGUACACGACUUCGCUGUAAACAGGUGUGUUCCCAGUAUGUAUUACAUGCAAGUUUUAUAAUAAAUGAGUGUAUUAAUA